UACAUAGCACGCAACGGCUACCGUUUCAGGCCGCAAGCCACCGUUAUCUUGAAAAGCCUUUAUGAGCGGAGAGGAGAAUGAUCAUCGUGGCGGGUUGUGGAAGUUGGCUUUAUUUAGAGAACUGGUUCAGCGGCUGUUAGAAUCGCCGCUCCAUGCAACGAUUGAAGGCGCUGUCCGAUAAGCCGACUGUAGUGAAUGGGCAAUUCGUUUUGUUGCCAAGUCGUCCGUGUGACCGUUGUUUGCUACCUGGUUAGAUGUGCUAUGAUUCAUGUAAAGUCAUGUCGUCACUACAGUGGAAGUAGCAGCUGAUAUAUCGUUUACUUUAAUCCAGUUUAUUCCACUCCACUCCGCCAGAGGUUGAGUGAACUGAAGGGUGACAGUGCCGUGAAGUUACACAUGUGUGUGUCGCUCAAAAGUGAUAAAGCUUAUAACGUUACUUGUACGAAAAUUGGAAUUACAUUAAUUUUGUUCGUACGUGUGCUUUUUUGGAAGGCUUAGUUAACACCUACCCUGCUUACUUAUCAUGGAUAACAUUUUUUCGUGAGUAAGUUAGUGAAACAGAAGCGACGACGGGCGACCAAGUGAACUGCUAGUUGUCGUUCGUUGUGUCCUAUGGAAGUAGCGCUGGUCAGAGAUGAAUUUAGCAUUAAUUAAUUGCAAUAGUCGUACGUGUUUGUGUUUCUAUUACGCUAAGUUAAGGUAAUUACUCCGCAUAUACGGAGCGUGAAAAGUACGACCGGGUAUACAGUUUCGAGCUGUCAUUUCGACAAGAUUCAUCCAUCAGUAGUACUAGUAGUAGUAUCGUUACUGCUUCUAUGCCUGGAUAUAUAUGUGUGCAUGUGUGUGUGUGUUAGCAUAAGAAUUGAACAUUUCACCGUGAUUUGUCUUGCAAAAGUUACCUACGAUUAAUAACGAUACCUAUCGCCGGCAACGGCCCAGAUUCUUGUAGUCAGAUUGGGCGUUGAAAUAAGUUUAACUUCACGAUGACGCUGGAGGAGCCAACGGAAGACGCGAAGUGCAUGGCGGCUGAAAACACCGACGGAAACGCGAAUAAGACCAACGGUCGCCUUCGAUUUGGCCUUCGCGAUAAGCUUCGGAUCGUGUCUUCGGAGCAGCGUCAAAGCUUCUUCACGGCCCUAUUGCUGGUUUUGCUACUGGUCUUCUUCGUUAUCAUAAUCGCUCUCGCCGUUAAGGUAAAUACGACCUCGUCAGACCUACAUGACCGUUGCUAUUCGCCAGAAUGCUUAGAGAACGCUGCGUACAUAAUGAAAAACAUGGACUCGCUAGUGGACCCGUGCGACGACUUUCAGAAGUUCGCCUGUGGGAGCUAUUUGAGAAAGCACCCGCUCAACCGAACCGUCUCUAGGGCAGAUCUCCUAGACGAGGUUCGUGCUAAGAUCCGAGCCCGUACACGUCAACUGAUUGACGAAAUUAGCCCAGAGCAAGCGAAAUCAGGUCAUACGAUCCGCAGUCAUGUAAGCAAAUUUUUCACUUCGUGCAUCGAUGAGCGCGCUCAAAGCACGGCGCCACAUACUACUUUGAUUAAAUACAUACGCGAUAUGGGGGGCUGGGAGCCGAUUGCAGCGACAUCGUUCGAACGCAACCAGUGGAAGUUUGACAAAAGUCUCGUCGAAGUUAUGCGAGAUUACGGUGUCUUUCCGUUCUUCAAAUUAGACGUACAAGUCCACGGACGAGGUGGACGCACGCCCAUGAUCAGGAUUUCACCAUCCGGAUUCGGUCUCGGCGCUAAUCCCGUGAAUUACGACAGCCUUACGAAGCCAUUCUUACGUAAAUCCUAUGUAAAUUUUAUCAACGAUGUGGUCCGCAUCCUCAGAGAAAACGACAACCACUACAGAAUCGAAGAUACAGGCGAACUGUUGUACGAAUAUGAGAGCCGUUUACUAAAGUUUUCCGAGCUUCAUACGCGCAACCUCACUCGCGAUCGUGUCGUACUUCCAUUAAGUGAACUGAAGAUCAUCACGCCGAAUAUCCUGUGGGAAGAGCUGCUUGGCAUGGUCUUCAAAAACACUCGUAUUAACAACCAGUAUCGGGUGAUUAUCGAAAAUGUCGAAUAUUUCAAGCAACUGCGUAAGGUUCUGUCGACAUCCGAUGUCGAUCUUAAAAGUCGUUACAUAAUGUGGCACUUCGUUCUGAAAUUUACGCCGUUCUUGGGCAAAGAGAUCAGGCUUCUCGAGGCUAAGUUCCGUGCUGAGAUUGCCGGUACUGAGGUCAACAAGAUCGACCAUCAGACCUCGUUUGUCCAUUGCCUGGACCUCACCAAUGAGUUUUUCGGACUUGGUCUGGCUCAUUUGCACCAACACCGCUUUCAUCUCACUGCAAACAAGCAGGAGGCUGAACGACUUCUCAACAAGAUACCCGCCCUGGCUCGUAGGCACGUUAAAAACGUAGCAUGGCUUAAGGAUUCAUACCACAAAGUGGAUGAUCGUCUUGAUGGUCUGAAUGUCAAGAUUGGAUAUCCUGAUGGAGCUAACACUGAAGAGAACGCUUUCGUCUACUAUCGAGAUGCUACGUUAAAUCGAGAUUUCUUCGAUAACCUCAUUGAGCUAUUUAGGCUAAGGCAGAGAUGGAUGGUAAUGGCGGUCAGUGACAACGCGUUGGAUAAGAAAGAUCUAGCGAUUCAGCUACUCGGUUGGACGGUGCCACCACUGUCCCUACAGCCGUACUAUUCGUAUAGUUUCAAUCAGGUGUCUGUACCAAUGGGUAUGCUGUCUCAGCCCAUUUUCUCAGCUGGGCAAAACGCCGGACUACAGGCAGCCGCCAUUGCUGUCGUCGCUCAAGAGGCACUAAAAUCCAUCGACCGUUUUGGACUGCAGUUUAGUGAACAUGGAGCUGUGGCCGACACGACCUUUGAGGCCCUGGGAGAUCUAUUAACGUGUCUAGACAGAAAUACCGAAAAUGAACUGCACUCCUACGGCAUUUUGAAUAACUUUCUUGAGGAGGCGGUUUCCGACAUUGCCGGGCUACAAGUGGCGCUGCAGAUGUUGGAUGAGUCUUCGACGCCAUCGAAGUUACCCGGCCUUGACUUCAACGCUCGACAGUUGUUCUACAUUGGGUACGGUCAGUUGAUUUGUGCAAACAUGGCCGACAAAACGAUUGCGCAGCUAAACCGAACGCUGACGAGAACGCCGGAAAGACUUCGCCUACAUCGAGUACUUCAACAGACACCCGAUUUCGCUAACGCGUUCGGGUGUAGUGUAUCGAGUCGUAUGGUUUCGCGAGAAGUGUGUGACGUUUGGUAGGCAGCGAAAUACAUGAACAAUGUACAUCAUAUUUUCUUCGAUUUCGCUCCGUUGAAACGGACAUAUAAGCACUAACGACGACCGUCCUUUGCUGGAUCUUCUGUAGUGGGCGAUUAGGUAUAUGUCAGUCAUCAGGAGCAACGCUUAAAUACUGUUUGGCCCUUCAUCGUCUUAGGCGGUGACGGCACACAGCUAGCUCCCUUGAUCAGUUUCGCCGUUUUGCAAAAAAAAAUUUUCAGGAGAGCUUCAUGCAUAUUACUACUUCAUUUCUAUACUACACAUGUGCUCCAUCGAAGACUGCGGACGAAUUUCUAAGAUAACAGCUUUUUUUUUCUAAAGCCUACCAUCAUCACAUGCCCGUUCACACUGAUUGAUAGUCUCAACGGGUUCCACGUCGCAUUCCGAGUAAGGUACGCAGCACUGGUAGCAAGCGAAAUAUUGAGAUUAUAUUGUAUGAUUAUGAUUGCGUCCACCUCCCAUGAACUGGUGGCAGCAAGCAAUUAUCAUUGCUACCCAACAGCUGUAUAUGUGGCUGCAAGCGUGUUGUACAACUGACCGGUUUCUCUCCAUUAAUAAUGAACGCCUGUCGAAUAUGAUGUACUUCAAGAAAGCAGUGACAUAAGCGUGCCCCGUUGCUCUUCAGCAAAAGAAUGAACGUUUACCUCAUUUCCAGUAGGAACUAUGACGCACAUAGUAACAUCCUGGGCGACGAGGAAAUAACUUACAUACAUACACACAUGCAGACACACCAUGUAUAUUACGGCACCUACGCGAGCUAACGCCCCCCUUAUGAAAUAGGACUGUCCCUGGACUUACAAGUCCGUUAAAUGUGGAUUUCAUUAAAAGAUAAAGAGAGCGAUUCAACAGGUCGAGAAAGCCAAUGAUAUUCAACGAAACAGGACACUGACAACAGCUACAUGGACUGCCUAUGGAAAACAAAUACGAUGACAACGGAAUCGUGAAGUGUACUCUGUUGCUUAGAACGCCCGUAGCUUCAUUCGGUGAUUAUGCCUAUGCAAUCAUCGUUAACUAAUACGCUAUCGUUAUAAGUUACGCAUUUCAUGGAAGUUAAGCGUUCAGAACAGCGCUGCUGGAUUUGAUAGUUUCCUUGUUCCUAGUACAAUUGACACAGCUAAGGAGAAAAUCGAGCCCCGAAAAUUGUGUUCGUUUCACCUAUGGUUUUCUUAUUUUUCGUCCAUAAUUUCGUUACCUUUCGUAAAGCAUAUAGGAGGUUACUAGAAAAACAGGAGAUCACAUUAAAAAGGUCUUGAUAAUUUCCAAAAUAACGGACCCGUGAUCGAAGUGAAUAGGAUAAGUGGUUAUAACGAAUAUGCGUUUCGAAGUUGCGGCGCGUUCCCUCGAAAUGCAAUCAACCUUUAUUAUCUAUUCUCCAUCCUUUAGAUGUACGUAGACACAGCAAGUUUAGCUGUGACAUUUGUGUUUUAAAUGAUCUUUAUUAUUGAUAUCAAUUAUAAUAACGGUCCGUUUGGUGAAAAAGGCACCUGCUUUCUUCAGGUGGUCAGGUCAAAGAGACGUCAAAGAGCCUACCUACUAGUUGACUCACGCUACAAUUACAUGGAUUCAUGGCGGGAAUACUGUCUAAAAGAUUGUUCUUUCAACGUUAGGCCGCAGUUAUAGUGCAUAGGAGCCGGACAUGGGCGAGGGGCUUAUGCAGGUUUCAACUUACGUUUUUCAUUUAGAUACGCAGAACGAGACUAGUAGUAAUAAGUUGGUAGUAUUCUCACUGUUUGUACCCACGUAAGAACUGCAACGAUUAGUUAAAUACUGUCGCUUUCUCGUUUGAUCAGUUCCUUAAAUUAACGGAUCUUUGUUUUUAUGAAGGCGAGGCUUGUCCCUUGAACGCGAACAAUAUUCUAGAACAAAUUAAUAAUCCUUAUACUGUAAUCAAGAUUUUGUAGCCACAAUGAUUGUCAAGCCAGGCAACUCAAUGGGGAAAAUGCCCUAAGUAAAUUCUAUGCUUUGACAUAUCAGGCCAAAUUUUCUGUUUUGAAUGUACCGCCCUAGGCGAUAAUAUUGUGUUAGUUACGUUCAUAGUCACAUACGCAUGUAUACGAUACAUGCUAAGAGUAGAGGGACAUGCGUACGUUUGGUUAUAUUUCAGAGUUAAGACGCCACCGUAUAAAAGGCUUUCGCAUAUUAAAUAAUAUAAUAUUUAUAUUCGUAAAGGGUGUGGUUAUAGAGUGACCACCACAGAUAAGAACCAAUACACCUAGCAAAUUUUUGUUUUAUGAAACAUAAAUAAACGAAAAAAAAAAUGUAGAUUGUCACCAGAGCAGGGAUUUAGCACGGUAGGGAACAUGAAGGCUCAGUGUUGAAGAUAAGGAAGGGGGGCGAAGAAAUAAUUAUUUAAUUAUGUAGAUUCAUACACAAUGUAUUUGAUAGAUAGGUAGAAUCUUGAAAAAUCAAACGUUGUUGUCUAUAAUAGUUGCAGUAGUUAGUAAUGAUAACGGUCCAAUACCCUAAAUAUCUAUGAAACACAUAGGUUUGAAAUAAAGAGGAGAAAUCCUUAAAUUCGUAACAAGAUGAUGAUAGUUAUCCUUAUUAUUUUUGCAAUUCUUAUUACUGUAUAAGCAUAUCUUUAGCCAACAGAAAAUUAGAAAUGCGUGCGUCUACCCGUGACGAAUUAAAUGUAUAAUGGUAAAAAUCAUGCACAAAAUAAUCAAAUGAAGCUUAAUGUCCGAUAAAAAAAAAUGAUAAGCCACUACAAUAAA